UCAACUUAGCGUCGUGUUGUUUUGUAGCCGGAUAAUUGCAUUAUUUGUUUGUUUUAGAAACAACUGUAUUGGUUACAUUUCAUUACAUUUAUCUUCAAAACUUCUGGCAGAGAAAAUGAGUUUUAACGAUCGAGGUGGUGGCCCCUCCAAACAGGAGUUGUUCAGUGUAAUGAACGACCCCAACACAGUGGGUGCCAGAAUUUUCAUCGGUAAUAUACCAACGAAAAUGGAAAGACCAGAGCUUGAAGAAAAAUUCUCCUUUUACGGAAAGAUUAUAGGUCUGAUACCCAAGAAUGGAUUUGCGUUUAUUCAAUAUGACAGUGAACAGGCAGCUGCUGACGCAAUUGCUAAUGAAUGCGGAAAGACCUACUAUGGCAGAAAGAUUGACGUGAAAGCAGCCACACAGCGUAAAGAGCCUGGUGGUAAUAGAGGACCACCUCCUCCUCAACACAGGGAAGAUGUGAUGGACAGGGACCGAUCACCUAUCAGAGGAGGGCCAGGGGAUCGAGGAAGAGACUGGCGGGAGAAUGACAGGUUUGACAGCCCAGGAUUCGGAGGGCAUGGAGGUGGAAGAGGGGGUCGAGGAGGUCGUCCUGGACCGGAGUCCCACAUGGAUAGGUUCCCGGAAGAUGAUUUUAGAGGUCCUCCCGGGGACUUCCGUGGACCUCGGGAUGAUUUCCGAGGACCUCCUGAAGACCUUAGGGGGAUUCCAGAUCUGGACAGGGACUUCAAUGGGCCUCCGAGGGGUAGAGGACUGCCAGCUGAUUACCCCCCUGUUGAAAGGGGGCCUCCUCCUGCCUUGCCUGAUAGAACCAAUGACUGUGAAAUCAUCGUGGUCAACAAGAUGAUCAGAGAGUACGCAGAAUUUAUCGAGAGGCGGCUGAUCAAGAUCGGUUUGACAGUGGACUUAUUGUUCCCCAAUGAGGAAGUUCCGUUGGGACGUGUCCUUGCCAAUAUAUCUGGCCGAGGAACUUUGUUUGCCAUUAUUGUUAACAUUACCAAUGAGGAACACAGGAGUCUCACUUUGAACAUACUUUACGGACAACCUCAAGAACAUAGGAACAUGCCACUAGAGGAUGCGUUGGCGUUCAUUGCUCGCAGCUUUGACGCUUACCUGCGUGGGGAGAGGGGACAAGGUCCCGGUCCGGUUUCUGUCGGACAACCGGAUUACGAUAAACAUCCAGAGGCUAUCCAGACACUUCUGAAUCUUCUACGAGAGAAUCGCCAACUCACGGUGCUGCAGUACGAUAAGGUAAUCAAAUAUCUGCAAGACAGGAGGGAAGUCCAAAUCAAACUUGAGGUUGGAGAUGCUCAAGGAUUGCCUUCCAUCGCUGGAGGUAACCAACCACCUACGACUAAACAGCAAGCAGAACUGCAACAUCGCAUCUUGAACAUAUUGAACCAGUCCGGAGGCCAGGGUGGGGGGCCCCCGCCACAACCGGUGUCCUCCCCGUGGAAUCAACAGCAAUCUGCGUCCUCCGCACCAGCCCCGCUGCUCAACGAUCCUACUGUGCAGAAGGCGUUAGACAGUUUGAUUCAAGGUGACCUGCUCAAGAAGAUCAACCCCGGCGCACCCGGACCCGUUAGGCCGCCGCAGCAGCCGUUGUUUGGGGCAUACGCAGGCGGACGACGUUGAUUACCUAGAAAUAGAGGUUAAGUUUCCUGUAUAAUUUUAAGUGAUUGACAAAAUGUAUUUCAGUUUUUUUAUUGUGACGCCACAUAGUUUGAAUAUGAUAAAUAAACAGUAUUUGGUGUAGA